AUGCUGAGGAACUCCUACCAAAAUGACAAACCCAGCUGUGUUAACAUAAAAGUAAUAGUUCGCUGCAGACCCCUAAAUGAAAAGGAGAAAAAUGACGUAAACAACGAGGAGGUCGUCAAAAUAAAGGGCAAUGAAGUGAUCUUAACUCUGAACAGGAACAACGAGAUUUAUGAGAAGAAGUACAGCUUCGACUAUGCCUGCGACAAGGACGUGGAUCAAAGAACCUUGUUUAAUAAUUACAUUUUCCGAAUAGUCGAUGAGGUCCUGGAAGGGUUCAACUGCACGCUGUUCUGCUACGGCCAGACGGGCACCGGAAAAACUUACACCAUGGAAGGGAGGAUCCUGGAGCACCUGAAGCAUAAUGAGAAUAAAAAGAUGGACCUGAACGACAGCAUUAACAGCGACUUAAACUACUACUACGAGUUGUGUGACAGUGACGACACGGGGAUCAUUUUCCGCGUCGCGAAGAGAAUUUUCGACAUUUUAAAUCGCAGAAAGGAGUACAAGUCGGCGAGGUUGGUAGGGGAGGAGGAGGAGAUUGCGUGGCGCCGCAAUAGUUGCGCAAGCGAGGGGGGGGAAGUCCCCACGGCGGGGGUAGCAGUCCACAAAGGGGUAGCACCGCACACAGGGGUAGCACCGCAGACGGGGGUAGCACCGCAGACGGGAGUUGCACCCCUAGGCGGGACUGCCCCUCAUGGGGGGAGCGACCCGUCGCCGCCGAAGGGCCUGUCCAGACGUGGGUCUGCAAACAGAAGCGAGUUGUACGAAUCCCCGGAGGAAAAAAAAGAAGGUAGCACCACAGGAGAUAUAUACAACGUAGAGAAAAGCUCCUACGAUUUUGUCAUAAAAGUGAGCUACCUAGAAAUUUACAAUGAAGAAUUAUGUGACUUACUGAGCACCAGUAGUGAGUCUAACAAACUCAAAAUCUAUGAAGAUACGACAAACAAAAAUAAAGGAUUAAAUGUAGACAAGUUGGAAGAAAAGAGUAUAAAUUCUUUUGAAGAAAUUUAUUAUUUAAUCUGUUCUGCUAUCAAAAAAAGGAGAACUGCGGAAACGUCAUACAAUAAAAAAUCGAGUAGAAGUCAUUCAAUUUUUGCUAUAACUCUUAUUAUGAAGGACCUGAAUAAUGAUGGAGAGAGUAUUACCAAAAUAGGGAAGCUCAAUUUAGUAGAUUUAGCUGGUAGUGAAAACGCAUUGAAGAGUUCUUAUGGAAAUUUAAAAGUUAGACAGCAAGAAAGUUGCAAUAUAAAUCAGUCCUUGCUAACUUUGGGUCGAGUUAUUAAUGCACUGAUUGAAAAUUCGUCAUACAUCCCAUACAGGGAUUCUAAAUUGACUCGAUUAUUACAGGACUCACUAGGAGGGAAAACGAAAACUUUUAUUGUAGCCACCAUUUCUCCAUCCUCUCUCUGUAUUGAUGAAACGUUGAGUACGCUAGAUUAUGUUUUUCGAGCGAAAAAUAUUAAAAAUAGACCAGAAAUUAAUGUCAAAACGACGAAGCAGUUAAAAAUAAAAGACUUAAACAACGAAAUAGAGAAAUUGAAGAAUGCGCUGAAUUUAAGUCGAGAAAAACGAGGAGUCUAUUUGGAUAAUGAGGAAUAUAUCAAUAUACAGAAUAGCUUGAAAAAAAAUAGAGAAAUAUUACUACAAAAGGAAAAAAUUCUUUUUGAAAAAAGUAAAAAAAUUAAAACUCUUUUGAACAAAAUGGACUACACAGAUGAUGUGCAGAAUCAGAUUGUUCACUUACUGAAGGACGUCCUUUCCAAGUGUAGGAACAUCCAAUUGGUUUACGACCUUUUGGUAAAGAAGCUGUCCGAGGAGAAAUGCGUUACGAGGUAUCUCCUAUCAGAGUUCCAUCACACCCAGGGGGAGUACCAACAGAACGUCAAUCUACUCGCGCAGACGCAGAAGAAGAUCUCCGAUUUAUUUAGAGAUACUAUUUCUAACUUCAGGAGGAGGAAGAACAAAGAUUACUCCACCGUGAACCAGGUUUGCAGCCUCAUCGCGACUGUGCUUGGGAAGGCAAAGGGAGACAUGGCACUGGGGAAAGAGGCCAUCAUGAAAUCUUUGGACCAUUUGGAAGGACUGAACAGAGACACGGUCCUGCGGGAGAGCACCCUCCUCAGUUUUCUCCUGGACAAGGUAGACGCUAUGGAGAAGCAUGACCGGAAUUGUUUUCUCCAGUUGGGGGAACUCACGCGGGAGUUCCUAGCCUGCAGGGUGGACCUGGCCGAGGUGACGCACCGGCGGAGCAGCGGCCCCGCUUCGACUGAGCGGAGUGGUUGCCCCGCUUCGAAUGAGCGGAGUGGUUGCCCCGAUUCGGCGAGCCCAUUGGAGACGACUCCCCAGCCGAACCGCCGAAAAGCAGGGGCAUUGCUGACCGCGCUGCGAGAUCUAGCGCAGUGUGAUGAAGCGCGUCAAGUAUUGAGCCAAGUCGAGAGCUAUCACUCCAAGGAAGAAAGCACAGUUAAGGAGUCCCUACAGCACAUGCAAAAUGUAAGCCAUCUACUACAUCUAUACUUAAAGAGCGAAUUUGAAAAAUUAAAAAAAGACAUGAAAAAAAAAGUACAGACCCUGAAUGAAGAAAGGGAGAAGUUAACCAAAUUGGUAGAACAGCUACGAAGUGAUUAUGAGUACUUCGAAUCCAGUUUAAACAAAGAUAAAGAAAAAAUUGUGGAGACAUACAGAACAAGCAUCAGGGAAGAUAUGAACCUUUUUCAGAACCAAGUAAUGGAAGAAAUCAAAACAGUGAUCCAAAAAAAUGUCAAGCAAAUGAAUGACACAGUGAAUAGGAAGCUACAUUUACUGUCCAACCAGCUACACGAUGAAUCAAAAAAUAAAUUUAAAAAAAUGGUUACCCACUCGAUAAGUACCCUUGAAGAAUACUUUUUAAAUCAUGAAGAACGAUGUGAUAGAGAUAAUCUGUAUUACCUCCAGUCCGCUGAUCUGAUAAACCAAAAAGUGAACUCCUAUUAUGAGCAUCUAAAUUUUGUAUUUACAGAUGUGGAUACUCAAUUUAUUUGUGAGCAAAAGAAAAUGGAGAGUAACAUGCAGAAGAUUGAUGACACUUACAGAAAUAUUAUCCAAGGGAACAACGAAAAUGUUGCGAAGAUUGCAAACCUGCUUGAGGUUAAUACAUCGAAUAAUAAGAAAGAAAAAGAGGUGCUUUACAGUGACCUCUCGAGAGCAGUUUUGCAAGAAAGGGACCAACUUGACGAUUGGAAGAAGCAGGUAAAAGAAUUGACGGUGAGACAUAUGGAGGAGGUUAAUCUAUGUAAUGGCAACUAUGGGGAACACCUCAAUAAAUGUGACUUGCACAUGGGAGAACUGCUACAACUGUUUCGAGAAAAUGGAGCUGAUCAAAAUGAUGAGUGUGUGGAGCUUCCCAGUUGGGAUACUCCCGUCCAGCAUGAAGGGAAGGAUAUUCACGCGGAAAUUGAAAAGGUGCGCUCCUACGCCAGUGACAGCUUCGCCCACUUUAGUGAUGCCACAUCGGGUGAGGCCAAUAUGCAUGGCGUAGAUCCCCCUAGUAAUGGCUGCGAGACGACGGACUUACCUCCUUGCUGUCGUCAGCCCUAUGGCGAUCUGAACUACAACCACGUGAGGGAAGAAGUCCUCAAAGAAAUCGAAGAAUUUUCUUUACAGAAAAACAUAAACUUUAAGUGCCUCUUCGAUAAAAUCGACGAUAAUUUAAACCUUAUCCUUAAUGAAAACAAUUUUGCGCGAUAUCGGGGUGGGAGCAUGGAGCUGUCCAGGGGGGACAGCAUUGGGGGGAGCAUCAUCACACCGCUUACAGCCUCUCGCCCUGCUGCCUCUCGUCCUACUGGCACUCAUCCUGCUACCAUUCCAGUAGUACCGCCCCCCCUAUCAGUUUCUUCCCCUCAUAUGAGUGACGCCCUCCCUACAACCGGCCAUGGUAACACCACUCCGUCCGCACCACCUGGGAACGUUAUGCUGAAAGGGACAACUAAUGAACAGAGUCAGAAAAAAGCAAGUAGUUUCUUCUCCACAGCUGAUGCAGAAGCAGAUUUGGACAAUGGAAGCUCCAAAAUCCUUUCAGAUUGUACUAGGAAGCGGAACAAAAGCAUCGAAACUGUGCAGGGGAGGAAGCUGUGCUUCACCUCCAACGAGUUGAGGAACCCUUGUACGAAAAUAAAGGCGCUGGGGUAUAGCGUGGGGUCUAGAAAGAAUUCUCCGGCUCCGAAGAAACUGAAGGAGGACGCGUACAAAGGCAGGGGCAUCAAGUUCCUUCGCAAGUCGGAGGAUUAG